CUCGGCGCAGCGCAGUUCAAAUCACAGAGAGGGAAAGAGACAGCGAGCAGGCGGCAGUGGUUCAUUCUGCAGUAUAACGAAAAUCUGUCUUCUCUGCAAAGUCCCAGCGAAAAUCUGUCUUCUCUGCAAAGUCCCUAGGGAUGCCAACUCUAUACAACGGAUGUUAUAGAUAUUCAGUUGAUUGCCUACCAAACGAAACAACUAUUGCCUGAGAAAGAAUCUGCAUACAAAAUAUGAGUUGUCCACGUGGCCACCCUGUCCUGUAACCAAUGGCAACAUCGGUCCAGACCCUUCCUCUGAGCCGUGACCCCAGCAAGACAUUCCGUGACCCCUACUCGACCCCUACCCGGCCCACAGCCCUACUGGCCCGGUGCAGUAUGGGUAGUGUAGGCAGCCUAGUGGAGAGCCCGGACGCGUCCCCAGCUAAAGGCAGCCGGGCCGUGCCCCAGGUGGGACCCAGACAGACCAACAGGUUAUUAAAGAAAGGCUUCAACCAGAGAGAGCUGCUCAACUACCUCAACAUCACCAGGAAAGAGGCCAAAGCGGGUAGCGGCCCAGGCAGCAGUAGGAAGGACAUCUUCUCCAGCAUGCAGUCCAUGAAGAGAGAGCAUGGACAUGAGGAGGAACACAUCAAGCUCUACUACAAAGAUGGAACUGAGGUGGGCGUGUCAAAGAACUCCCUGCCAAUUGGAGGGAAAUAUGAGAAGUCUCGUCUCAGGCCGUCUGCCUUCAAGCCCGUCACACCCAAGAACUUCAGUUCCAUGCAGAACCUCUACCCUGCCAAGAUGGAGGACUCAGACCAGGGCCUGUCCAACGGGCUCCACCGGGCCUACGCACACACACCUAGAGCUGUCUCCACCUCCUCUUCCUCCUCCUCACCCUCCCGCCACGGAGGACCCACCUCCAGUGGAGCCAAGGCGGUGGCGUCAGUGCGUGGUCUGAGUCAGGAGGAUGAGAACCUGUCAGACUCUGGUCAUAACUCCAUGAACAGUCUUCCUCCAUACAGACCUCCCUUCAGACCACAGCUGGCUCACAUCAGUGCCUCCAUGGGCCACAUCAACUCCAUUGGCUCUCUGGACCGAGCAUCAAAGGUUGUGGGGUCGUCGGGGGUCGCCAUGGCGGAUAUGGCCAUGUCAUGUCAUAGCAUGGCAACGCUCAGCCGCCUUGCGCCAUACGGAGGGGAGGCUCCGCCCCCUUAUGAACUGUCACUCUCUGUAGAGGAGGUGGUGCGUGAUCUGGAGGAGAGGCUGGUGGAAAAGGAACAUGAGCUGAAACAGAUGAGGAGGAACCUGGAUGAGAGUGAAGGAGCCAUUGCACAGGUGUUUGAAGGUAAACAGCGUCUGUGGGAGAAGGAGUUGGAGGAGUUGAAGCAUCUGUACACUGCCAAGCUGCGUCAGGUUUCCCAGCAUGCUCAGCAUUCAGAGCGUGCACUGCAGCUGCAGCUGUACAAGGCCCAGCAGGAGAAGAACAGACUGCAGGACGAACUGGAUGCUCUGACGGGGGGGAGACAGAGAGAGGGUCAGGGGAGUCUGAAGGGAACCAGCCCUACACUGGAGGAGACUCAGUGGCAGGUGUGUCAGAAGUCGGGUGAAAUCUCGUUGUUGAAGCAACAGCUACGUGAUUCCCAGGCGGAGGUGACCAGCAAGCUGUCAGAGCUGUUCCAGCUGAAGACCCAGCUGAGAGAGACCAGAGGAGAGCUGCAGAGCCGUGAUGGACAGAUAGACACGCUGAAGACAGCCCGACGACAGGGGAAAGGGAGAGUGGAGGAGAGUGGGACACUAGGGUCUCGAGGAUCAGGAGGGGCAUCAGGCUCUACAGAGGAGCGUCUGCGAGCAGAACUGAUGUUAGAGCGUUGUCAGAGCGAGGCCCAGGCUACGGCCUUCGAGCAGGAGAGACAGACGUGGCAGACAGAGAAGGAGAAAGUCAUCUGCUACCAGAGAGAGCUGCAGGCCAGCUACCUGGACAUGUACCACCACAACCAACUACUGGAGAGAGAACUAUACCAGCUCAGAGGAGGAGGAGGAACGCUGGAGAGGGAACUGCGAGAUGUGAGGGGAGGAAGAGGAGGAGAAGGAGGAGGAGAGAUGGGAGAUUACAGUAACGAGUCACUGGAGAGGGAACUGCGAGAUGUGAGGGGAGGAAGAGGAGGAGAAGGAGGAGAGAUGGGAGAUUACAGUAACGAGUCACUGGAGAGGGAAGUGCAGGAGGUUAGGAGAGGAAGAGGAGGAGGAGAGAGAGAAAGAGGAGAGGAAGACAGUAAACCUCCCCCUGGUCUUCCCUGGAUAGAGAGGAUAGAGUCGUCUGAGAUUUGACUGAGUGGACACUAGAAGGGGGGGGAAUUCCAAACCAAUCACUCGCCCCCUCUUCCUAUCUCCUUGAUGAAGACGCAGGCUUCUUACAGACUUGAAAAGACAGUGGAGAUCCCAAUUCCAAAACAACUCUGCACUCCUACACUCCUUGACCUGUAUGAACUAGACUGAAUAGUGUGCAUGUAUAAUCAGCAUUACAAUGAUACACCCUCUCUGGUACUGUUUAUUGUAGGUUCCACUUCCUGUUUCAAUUCUGCAAUCAAUGAUAACUUCCUGUUUCAGUCCACAAAUCAAUGACAGCGUAUUAGAGUCGAGAACACUGUACAUUCGAUCAAGCACGACCCUGACCAAACCUCACUUUAGAGGGCUGCUUGUAUGUACAAAUUAUAAUAAUAAUAAUAGCCUAUUUGUAAAUGUUACUUAAUCUAAUUUAGUUCUGUGUGUAUGUAAUCAACCAGUGUGUUCCUCACAGCCGUUCUGUGGGCUCGUUGAAGUUCAGACACUGACUGGGGUAAAGUAAGGGUAGGCUGUGUCUCAAAUAGUACCCUGUAUAGUACACUACUUUUGACCAGGGUUCUGUAGUAGUAGUGCACUAGAUAUGGAAUAGGGUGUCGUUUCAGAUGCACCCUAGGACAUUGUUCAAAAGGAUCUAAAGGGAUUUAGGUUUUGUCCCGGUGAGGUGUGGUAAGGUGUGGUGA